AUGUCUGCAAGGACCAUUAUCAUCGACCACGGGUCUGGCUUUCUGAAGGCCGGCUUGUCCGGGCUGAAUGAGCCCCAGAUGGUCCUCCCGAGCAUCGUGAGCUACCUGCCGUGCAGGGAGAACCCUGGCCCCAGCUCCGCCCGGAGGCCCCUGAGUCUGGGCAUUAACUCCGACUACCCUGACACCUUUAGCUACCCCAUACAGCGUGGCCGUGUCCUCAACUGGGAGGCUGUGGAGAACAUCUGGAAGGUUGUUGUGAAGAAAUGUCGACGAGAGCAUGAGGACACCCCUGUAAUAGUCACAGAGUCCCCCUUGAGAGAGCCUGCGGACCGACGGAAGACCCUGGAGAUUAUGUUUGAGCUCCUGAAUGUCCCAUCCAUACUGCUGGCAGACCAGCUGGAGAUGUCCCUUUAUGCGUCCGGCCUCCUGACUGGUGUGGUGGUGGACUCUGGCUACGGCCUGACCCGCGUGCAGCCCUUCCAUCUGGGCUGCCCCCUGCGCGCCGGGGGCAGGACGCUGGAGUUCGGGAGCCAGGACCUCUCCGCCUACCUCUUCAAGAGCCUCUUCAAGGAAAAGAGCAAUGAGCACGACCUGUUUCAGUUGGACACGGUGGGCGCCAUUCAGCAGAACAGGUGCUUUGUGCCGGAGAGCUUCGAGGAGGCCCUGGCGUUGUACCAGAGACGACGGGUGAGCAGGUGGGACGAGAACAACACCUACCAGCUGCCAGACGGCACCACCGUGGAGCUGACCGCCAUGCAGCGACUGGCUCCAGAGAUGUUCUUCAGCCCCCAGAGGUUCGGUCUGCCAGGGCCAGGCCUCCCGCAGGUGGUGCAUGACGCCGUCGAGACCUGUGACACCUCCGUGCAGCCAGCGAUCGUCUCCCACGUGAUGGCCUGUGGGGGCAACACCCUCUGCGUGGGCUUCACAAAGCGCCUGUUCCAGGAGCUGACCGUGAAUCAUUUCUCCUCCGUCCAGGUCUCCAUGUCGGUAGGUUCCAACAGGAACUUCAGCGUCUGGCUAGGGGCGUCUGUGGUGGCUCAUCUGUCCACGUACGGGUCUCAGUGGAUGACCAAAGGGGAGUAUGACGAGCACCUGCGUGUGUGA